GGUCAACCAAGCGCCGACCGACCAAGCCGAACCGAGAGAGAAAUCAGCUGUUUUGGUUUUUGUCUUGUUGCGGAUAAACAACGUUUUGUCAAGUUUGUUAAUAGCUAAGUAAACGGAAGCAAAGAACAAAAAACGGAAAAAAGAAGGAAAAAUGCUAGAUGAUGGUUUGGACGAUUUACUGGCAGAGAUUUGUGAACCAACUUCUCCAAAACAAGCAAAGUUAGAAACAAUAUCACCACCCAAUAUCCAUCAGCUACCCGGUACGAGUAAGGAUACAAUACCCAAACCCUCAUCUUCAAAAACACACUGUGUGCUGGUUAAUCAGAAGCAGAGAGGCAACCCAUUGUUGAAAUUCAUCACACAUGUACCAUGGGAAUAUGAUGAUGUUACACCAGACUAUGAAGUUGGCAAAACAAUAUGCAUAUUAUUUUUAUCUCUAAGGUAUCACAAUAUGAAUCCAGAUUACAUUAACAAUAGGUUAAAAGAGUUAGGCAAGAAGUAUGAAUUACGAGUUCUCCUAGUGCAGGUUGAUUUAAAAGAUCCACACACUCCACUGAAAAAUUUAACCCGAAUAUGCCUUCUAACUGAUUUGACCCUUAUGCUAGCAUGGAGUCCUGAAGAAGCAGCUAAAAUAAUAGAAAAUUACAAAAUCUAUGAAAACAAGCCACCUGAUAGCAUCAUGGAAAAAGUGGAAAAUGACCCACAUCAGAAGAUAAUAAAUGCAUUGUCAUCUAUAAAGCCGGUAAAUAAAACUGAUGCUAUGACUCUUCUAAAAACAUUUGGCACACUUGGAAAUAUCAUACUUGCCUCAGAGAAUAGAUUGGCAGAAUGUCCUGGAUUUGGAGCUACAAAAGCUAAAAAACUUUAUAAAGCGUUACAUGAACCAUUUUUGAAAAGGCCACACAAAAAUAUAAGUGAAAAAAAGGAUGAAGAAUUUUCGGAGAACCUAAACUUAGAGGAUAUUGAAAACAUAGAAACUGAAAGUGGAAGUAAAGAAAGCUGACAAAAUGCUUUACAAAAUCGUGUUAUAAAUGAUAUUUUAAGGGAAGUAUUUACAUUCCUAGGGCUAAGAGAUAUUCUCUGUAAUUGUAUUUUAAUAAUCUGUAAAUAUUAUUGUCUGUAUAUUAUUUUAAAAUAUGCCCCUGGAUAUUCUCUGUAAUUGUAUUUUAAAUAUCUCUGUAUUUUUUCUAAAUUAUGUAUCACAUCACAUGUAUUUUGUUUGUUUUUCUAACAGGGCAGUUUCCAAUAAACUUUUUUUUAAGUUUGCCUACUUACUAGUUUAUUUUGAUUACUGAAAAUAUUUGAGACAGGAAUUAUUUUGUUUAUUUGUCUGUGAGAUGGCUGAAUGCUGAAUUCAACUAUCACAACAGACACGGCAUAUUGGUUCACGUGACAGACAUGCCACACAGCAAACGAGACAUAUA